AUGAAGGGACAUAUGUACAAUACUGUAGGUGACUUGAGGCUUUUGAACUACUUCAGAGUUCAACAUAGGUCCAGUAGAGUUUCCACUCCUAUUGAGAUUAGUUGGAAUCCUCCUAAUCCUGGUGAGAUUAUGUUGGGUUGCGAUGGUGCGUCGAUGGGAAAUCCUGGCCAAGCAGGCGCUGGCGUGAUCUUUCGAGAUUCAAACUCGGCAGUUUUGGGAGUUUUAUGUGUGGGCUUGGGCUAUCAAACGAAUUUUUAUGCGGAAAUCUGUGCAGUCAUCUAUGGAGUUAUGCUGGCUAAGAAGUGGGGCGUCAGAGACAUUUGCAUUCGGUCAGAUUCGAUGAGUUUCAUUCAAGCUUUCCAGAGAGUAUUGUUGCAGAAGGCCCUUGAUCCAGCAGAACCCGAAGUGGUAGAAGAUGCCCUAAAUUUGCUUGUUCACAUUAAGGCUCUGGAAAAAAACGCAUCUCAUAGGGGGCGAUAUGAGCCAACUUUUUAUGGCCGUCUGCUAGCCAGUAUGACAUUGUCCUUUGAUGCUUCUGUGCUGAUACUCAAAUUUGGAGAUAUUGGAUUGCUUCGUGAAAGCAUUCUGAUGGGUAUACUGAUGGAUACAAAUCCUCUGCCAGUUCGUCGUCCAUUUGGACAGGAUCAGUUGUUUGCAGAGAAUAUAGCCAGCUAUUUUGGUGGGGAUGAUGAGAGCAGUGUGCUAACUGGUAAGAAGGAAAUAAUAUCCAUGGAUAACCUUUGUGCAUAUCAGUUCUGGCAGCGUGCUUUUAAGGACAAGCAUCGUGUAGAGCAGCUGAAGCACCUUCUCAAGUUUGAUGAACCAAAUACUACUGAAAUACUCUUCCCUAAACUUGAAGAAGAGUGGCAUUCUUUCCACAAUCUUUUGCAGCCAUCCCUGCAUCAGGUUUCAGAAAUAUAUGAUGAUAUUGUAAAUUCAAUGCAUCGUUUCCGUCCCAAAUUUAUGGUUAAAGCUAAUGGACUUCCCUCUUACUAUAAUCCUAACGAGUUUGAGCACACAUGUUCCCUUGGAUAUCUUCAAUAUAGAGAUGAGGAUUUGGGGAGUGAGAAAGAGGAUGGGCACAUUAAUCUGAAUCUAGAUAUUGAGGAAAAAACCUGCCUCACUUUGCCAUAUGUCGCUCCCAAUGAUUUUAAAGCCAACUUUGUUGCGGAGAAGUUUGCAACUGUUUUGAAAGAGAUGAGAGUUGAGCAUACACAGAACCAUGCGGAGAACGAGCAGAAACCAAUAAUUGCCAUGGUGUCGCAUGAUAUGGGCGAACGUCCGCUCAGUAGAUAUUUUGUAAAUGGUUUAUGCAACAGGGGAAGCGAAUGUCCCUUCUCUCAUUCCCUUCAGGCCCCAAAACCUAUCUGCAAAUUUUUCUUUUCUCUCCAGGGAUGUCGUUGUGGAGCUUCUUGUUUCUUUUCUCACGAUGUCAAUCCAACCAUGUCAUCUAUUACUAGUCCAAAUAUCUGUACGCCAGACAGUGAACAACCUGAUGCAGCUUCUUUCCUGCGGUUAUUACCCUCAACUCCCGAUGGAUGCAUUCUUGUUUUGGAUGACAAUGAUCUGCAUUUUUCUUCAUCUCUCUCUAAUAAUGGUGUCCCAGCUAAGAUAAUCACUACAACAAGUGUACCUGAUGACUCCACAACUGAUAAUUCAUUAAGCGGCGUGAAAGUACUUCAUGGCUUGAGUCACCCAUACGGCACAGUCAUCUCUGGUGCUGGGGAAAACAGUAUUCCAUGGAAAGAAGUACACUGCGUAUUAUGGUUUGCCAGUUUCCAACUCGACAAAACCAAUAUUGAAAGCGUGGAAAAACAGCGAAUUCUCUUAAAGCAGUUUUUUGAGUAUCUUGCUAUCAGGACUUUAGCAGACUUCCUAUAUGACAUGCCUGUGGUGCUUACAAUGAAUAAUGUUCGAUUUUCACAGCUUCAGGUCGAAAAAUUGGCUAGGGAUUCCUUCUUUUUUCUGCAAGAGUCAUUCCCUUUUGACGAAUCAAGCUUUGGUGCAUUUUCAGAUGUAGUUCCUAUGUCAAAGCCGAUGAUGGUUUCACGACCCAUUUCGUAUGUUUUCUAUAUUUGCCCACCUACAGAUAUCCAGUAUGGAAAUUACAAUGCUGCUCUCAAGAAAAGCCUAUAUGAUGGUAAAUAGUGAACUA